AUGCUGUCCACUUUGGCAUUGCUCAUUGAUUUGGCUGUGACCCGGGAACAGCUUGAAGAAGAUGAAUGUAUAUCCCGCGCAGUGGCAUCGAUGCAGUUUGUCAAAUGCAACUACACCAAGCAUGCUCGACCAGAGGACUUUCUGUAUGACAGCUUGAGCCUUGCGAACCGUACUGCAGAGAAGGUCAAGCCAUCAGCCUUGGAUUUGCUUCUGCUUUUCAAGGAAACCGUUAGGCUGAAACAGAGUGUGCCUGGUGUGAAGAAGUCUUCGAUUCGAGAUGUGCUGUAUGCUUGCAUCGCAGACUACAACAAGACUGUUUCCAAUCACCGGACCUGGCGUGUCAAUGAUGCAACUCGACGCCUGAUCUACAACCUUUUGCGCAGCCCUCCAGCUUUGUGGGAGGCCUUGAAGCUUUGUUACAAUGAGGACAAACCAGAAUUGGCAGGCCAGACUUUUGAAAUUGGCUGA